AUGACCGAGAGAACGGAAAGUCUCCAUUUCCAGUUCGACAACUACGGGGAUUCGAUGCUGCAGAAGAUGAACAAGCUGAGGGAGGAGAACAAAUUCUGCGACGUCACCGUCCGUAUCGACGACCUGCAGGUCCACGGCCACAAGAUCGUCUUCGCCGCCGGCUCACCCUUCUUGAGAGACCAGUUCCUGCUGAACGACUCCAGGGAAGUCAAGAUCUCCAUCCUGCAGAGCUCGGAGGUCGGGCGGCAGCUGCUCCUCUCCUGCUACAGCGGCGUGCUGGAGUUUCCCGAGAUGGAGCUGGUGAACUACUUAACGGCUGCCAGCUUCCUGCAGAUGAGCCACAUCGUGGAGCGCUGCACGGAGGCGCUCUGGAAGUUCAUCGGGCCCAAACAGAAGCUGGAAAGCAAAGGGGAAAGCCCUGCCAGGGCCAACUCUUCCCAGCCCAAGGAGGCUGUGGGAGCCAGUGGGGAGGGAGGGGAGGAGGAGGAGGAGGAGGAGGAAGACAAUGACGACGAUGAGGAAGACGACUCCUUGCCUGAUUCGCCUUGCCUCCAGCCCUCGGAGGACAGCAUGGACAUGGACGAUAGCGACAUCCAGAUCGUGAAAGUGGAGUCUAUCGGGGAGGUGGCCGAAGUGGGGAGCAAAAAGGACCCCGGUCAGUUUAUUUCCUCCGAACAGCAACAGCAAAGCUCCCUUCCUUCCUCGGAGCCCCAGCACUCCCUGAUCAACUCCACCGUGGAGAAUCGCGUCGGCGACCUGGAGCAGAGCCAGCUCCACAACUACGCCCUCUCCUACUCGCCGGCCGACAACCUCAUCGUGGCUUCCAAGGAGCUCUUUGGGCCCAGCAACCGGGGGGUGGAGAAGGGCCUGCAGUGGCACCACCAGUGCCCCAAGUGCACCCGGGUCUUCCGGCACCUGGAGAACUACGCCAACCACCUGAAGAUGCACAAGCUCUUCAUGUGUCUCCUGUGCGGGAAGACCUUCACCCAGAAGGGCAACCUCCACCGGCACAUGCGGGUCCACGCGGGGAUCAAGCCCUUCCAGUGCAAGAUCUGCGGGAAGACCUUCUCCCAGAAGUGCUCCCUGCAGGACCACCUCAACUUGCACAGCGGGGACAAGCCCCACAAGUGCAAUUACUGCGACAUGGUCUUCGCCCACAAGCCGGUCCUGAGGAAGCACCUCAAGCAACUCCACGGCAAGAACAGCUUCGACAACGCCAACGAGAGGAGCGCGCAGGACUCCGCCAUGGACUUCGACGCCUUCGGCUGCAGCUCGGGGGCCGACUCCAAGGGCUGCCCCACGAACGAAGCCAGCCAGGUGCUGGAGGCGGGGAAGCUGGCCCAGGCCGUGCUCAGUUUACGGAGCGAAAGUGCCUGUGCGAACUAAGGGGUUGCCCCCAGCCUCUCUCGGCGAGCCAGAAGACUGCAAAACGGCUGUGGUGGGAGCUGGCCUAGGCCUACAAUACCCCGGAAGGGCUCCGCUUUUUGGAGCUCGGGGGCCGAGCGUAACCUCGUAGCAGGCCUUCGCCUCUUCCUUUAGUUAGAAGGGUUGGGUGUGUCUGAGUGACUUUGUCUCUUUUACCAAGGUGACUGUUACAAGAGCUGGCACAGGGGAAAAACCCCGGGGUGGUAAGUUCUGCCAAAUGAGCAGCCACUGGACCAUGAGCCAGCCAAAGGCACGAAAACAGGAACAGCUACGCCCCGUUGUGGCAGAGUUUUUAAGCUAAAAGACAGGACUGUA